AUGCUCAAAAAGUGUGGCGGUGAAAUGACGCCAGCUGCGCUUGCCCUUGUAGUUGCGCAGUUGUGCAGUCGUACCGCAUCAUGGCUCUUCUAUUGCCUGGUGGCCGGGAAGGGUAAGGGUCAGGCAGAUAUGAUGUUCCACCAGUUCUUUGGCACACCUGGGUUGGAUGCAUCUGUGUGGAACACGGCAGAAGUUCCUCCUUAUUACGUUCCAAAGGUUCUAGAGUGGUUGAAGUCAUGCCCGGGCACAAAGUGGCCUGAAGAAAAGGCUUUGAGAUUGUACUUUGCAGCAUGGUGGAUAUAUGGGCACAUGGAUGGCGAUUGGCUCUUGCAAAAGCAAUCGACUAUGAUUGAUGCAAGGCUGCAUGCAUCGUUGCUCAAGCCAAACAUUUCUUUCCAAGCAGUCUGUUGGGAGGCCACAGAGCAGGCUUGUGAGACUCUAGAGUCUCUAGAUAAGAAGUUCCAGGAGUGGUCAAACAUGGAACCGCCAGAUGUUGAUUCCCUUGAUGAUGGCCUUGCGAAGGCCAAGCUGUUGAAAGCGUCGGGGCGCGACAAAGAUCUCGAGGAGAUGUUGAAAAGAAAUCCAAAUCAUCUACAAAUACUUGAGAUGAGAAAAACACUUAAGAGGAAAAGAGCUUCCAUCCCUAGUGACACAUCCAGGAUGCUUAACUGA